CCUCUCUUACUCAAGCGUUUGCUUGUCUCUCGCAUCCUCCUCUCCCCUUCCCUCCGUCGUCUGCUUCUGCUGCCGCACUCAUCAUUUCCCUCCGUCCCCCUGUCCCCACAUCCCCGGUCUGCUCCUCCUCCCCUAUCCGGUUUGCUGCUCCCAUACAAGAAGACCAGCAGCAAAGUGAAUAUGAAAUAGAUAGAAAUUUACAAUUGUUUUGAAGAUUUGGUUAGUCGAAUUUGGAAUAGCUACAUCGAUCAGCGUUCGACCUUACUCUUUCAUGUCUUUGUUAGGGGGACUAAGAGUAAGUCCUUAGUCCCCAAUACUUGAGCUGCAAGUCGUGACAUGAGGUUUUAGUGAAGAUAAUGAGUAGCAGACUUCAAAACCCAUUUGUUGGGGCAGCUUUCCAAUCCUCCUUAAAGCCAAGAAACUUGAACAGUUUGGGUUAUCACGGAAACAAAUUUCCCAGAAAAUCUCGGUACGAUAUCAUUCCACGUGCCAAGAAAAACGACUGGAUAUCUCACGGGAUUAGGUUUUCACAAUCAUGCGGGGAAAAUGUUGAGAUUUUAUGGAAGAAUAUAGGAUUAAGAAGUGGGUUUGUGGUGAAAUCCGUGAAAGAGCCUUUCACUAGAAGCAAAGCUAUAGUUAGGUCAUUAUCCACAGUCUGGGAGGAAGGUUUGCUUCUAUUCCGGUGUUCUGUUUUCUGUGCUGUGAUAUCUGGGGUGUGCUUGUUGUUAUGGUACAGUCAACUUAAAGCCAAGACAUUAAUAGAAUCAAAGCUUUUGCCUUCAGUUUGCACAGCAUUAAGCGAUUAUAUCCAACGUGACCUUCAUUUCGGUAAAGUUCGAAGUGUUUCUCCUUUGAGCAUUACAUUGGAGUCAUGCUCGAUUGGGCCUCACAAGGAAGAGUUCUCUUGUGGUGAGGUCCCGACUCUAAAAUUACGUUUUCACCCCUUUUCAAGUUUGAGAACUGGAAAGAUUGUAAUUGAUGCAGUUGUGUCUAAUCCCACAUUGUUGGUUGCUCAAAAGAGAAACUAUUCGUGGUUAGGGAUACCCUUUACAGAUGGCGUUCUUCAGAAGCAUUUGUCAACUGAAGAAGGUAUUGAUAAUCGUACAAAAAUCAGAAGAAUUGCUCGAGAGCAAACUGCAGCCCGGAUGGAUGAAGAAAGAGAUGAUGCAGCUCGAGAGGCUGCUCAAAUGGGGUAUAUUGUUUCCAAUAGAGGAUCUAAUGUGUUAGAAGGUGUUGAUGUUUUGAAGAAGAAUACUGUAAAUUCAUUAGUUUUUUCUGUGGAUGAGAAACUUCGUUGGCAGGAUCAUCACUGCAUGGAUGCGGGUGUAGAGUAUGAUAUGAAACAUGCCGAUUUGGAAAAAUCUUUUGGUGUAAAUAUACCUAUUGCAGGGGUGAAAUUCUGGUCGCGAAUUAUACCUGGAUCUUUAAGGCGUAAGCUUAAGAGAAGGAAGGCUAAUGGGGGAGAUAUGCUUGUUGCUGGUAUAGCAGCCAAAAAAAGAAUUUUGGAGCACAGUGCAUCUGCAGCACAUGCAUACUUCCUGGAUCCUAUUCCUAGCCUAGUUCACAAAAAGGAUGAGAAUCCCAAUAUUAAACUAGAUGCUCUUGAUUCGUCUGACAAGCCUGCAGAACAUUUCGGAACCAAAUCUCUACUGAAAGAUGAAAAGAGGGGCAUGGGAGAUCUGUGGUCAAACCUGGUUGUUGGUUCCAUUGAAAAGAUUAAGUCAGAGGUUGUCCCAAAAGUUGAAGGUAUUGUUGUUGAACUUAUGGAAGGGGGGGCUAAUGGCGAAAAAGCAGCAGGAACUGAGAAGAUGCUUCCUGUUAUUCUGGAUUCUGUCCAUUUUAAAGGUGGAACAUUACUGUUGCUUGCAUAUGGUGACAAUGAGCCCAGAGAAAUGGAGAAUGCUUGUGGACAUGUGAAGUUCCAAAAUAAUUACAGUCGUAUCCAUGUGCAACUGAGUGGUAACUGUAAGAUGUGGCAAUCGGAGCCGGAUGUAACAUCAGAAGAUGGUGGCUGGCUGUCUACAGAUGUUUUUGUUGAUACAGUCGAGCAAAAAUGGCAUGCCAAUCUCAAAGUCGUCAGUCUUUUUGUUCCGCUAUUCGAAAGGAUUUUAGAAAUUCCUAUUGCAUGGUAUGAAGGAAGAGCUAGUGGUGAGGUUCACAUUUGCAUGUCACAAGGAGAAAGUUUCCCGAAUCUUCAUGGGCAGCUUGAUGUGACAGGGUUGGCUUUUCAAAUAUCCGAUGCACCAUCUUCAUUUUCUGAUAUAUCUGCAAGCUUGUGUUUUCGGGCUCAACGAAUAUUUUUACACAAUGCGAGUGGUUGGUUUGGCAAGGUUCCUCUAGAAGCUUCUGGAGAUUUCGGAAUUGAACCAGAGGAAGGAGAAUUUCACCUUAUGUGUCAGGUUCCUUCUGUGGAAGUAAAUGCCCUGAUGAAAAGUUUUAAAAUGAAACCUCUAUUGUUUCCGUUGGCAGGAUCAGUGACAGCUGUUUUCAACUGUCAAGGCCCUUUGGAUGCUCCAGUAUUUGUGGGAAGUGGGCUGGUUUCAAGAAAGUUAUCUAGUUCGGUUGCUGAUGUUCCUACAUCACCUGCCUAUGAGGCAAUCAUGAAGAAUAAAGAGGCUGGUGCAGUGGCAGCAUUUGACAGGGUUCCAUUCUCUUAUGUAUCAGCCAAUUUUACUUUCAAUACUGAUAAUUGUGUUGCAGAUUUAUAUGGAAUUAGAGCAAAUCUUGUAGAUGGUGGUGAGAUUCGUGGGGCAGGAAAUGCAUGGAUUUGUCCAGAGGGCGAGGAAGAUGACACAGCAAUGGAUGUGAACUUUUCUGGGAAUCUAUGCUUUGAUAAAAUCAUGGAUCAGUAUGUUCCUGGUUAUAAUCAUCUUGUACCCUUCAAGUUAGGGGAUUUGAAUGGAGAAACAAAACUCUCUGGCUCAUUGCUCAAACCGAGAUUUGAUAUUAAGUGGACUGCACCAAAAGCCGAAGGAUCAUUUGGAGAUGCUCGAGGAGACAUCAUUAUAUCGCAUGAAAGCAUCACCAUCAGUUCUUCAUCCAUUGCUUUUGAGUUGUUUACAAAAGUUCAAACAUCUUACCCUCACGAAAACUGGCAAAAUAUAAGAGAGUUUGAUGCCACGCCUGCUGUAAUUAUUGAAGGAGUGGAGUUGGAUUUACGUAUGAGGGGCUUUGAAUUUUUUAACUUGGUUUCCUCAUAUGCAUUUGAUUCUCUAAGGCCGAUUCAUCUAAAAGCAACCGGAAGAAUCAAGUUUCAAGGAAAAGUUGUUAAGCCUGUUAUUAGCAUUUCAGAUGAACAACAAACAAAUACAAAUGGUGAGAAGACCAAGGUGUCAAAGAUUCUUGCUGGUGAUGUUUCAAUCACGGGUCUUAAACUAAAUCAGUUGAUGCUAGCACCUCAGUUAGCUGGAGUGCUCAACAUCUCACGUGCGUGUAUUAAGUUGGAUGCAACUGGCAGGCCAGAUGAAAGUCUUGCAGUUGAAGUGAUUGGAUCCAUUGGUGAGGAGAAUGCAAUUGGGAACAUGUUGUCAUUUUCUCUUCAGAAGGGGCAGUUAAGGGCCAAUGUUUGCUAUCAGCCUUUUCACUCGGCCAGUCUAGAGGUUCGUCAUUUACCACUUGAUGAGUUGGAGCUGGCAUCACUUAGAGGAACAUUACAAAGGGCAGAAGUGCAACUUAAUUUCCAGAAAAGAAGGGGCCAUGGAAUCUUAUCUCUGUUACAUCCAAAGUUCAGCGGCGUGUUAGGCGAAGCUCUUGACUUGGCUGCUAGAUGGAGCGGGGAUGUUAUAACUGUUGAGAAGGCUGUUUUGGAACAAAGCAAUAGCCAGUAUGAACUUCAAGGGGAAUACGUGUUGCCCGGGUCACGAGCUGGAAAAGAAACAGGAAAAGGGAACUUACUAAGAAGAGCAUUGGCUGGCCAUUUAGGAAGUGUGAUAUCUUCUAUGGGUCGCUGGAGAAUGAGGCUUGAGGUUCCACGUGCUGAAAUUGCUGAGAUGCUUCCACUUGCUAGGCUUGUUUCCCGAAGUACCGAUCCAGCUCUUCAGUUUAGAUCAAAGGAUCUUUUUAUGCGAAGUAUACAGUCGGUGGGGGUUGAUGCUGAAAGUCUCCAGAAGCUUCUUGAGGAAAUUCGUGGGCACGCUACCCCAUCAGAUGAAGUUAUUCUGGAAGAACUAAACCUUCCAGGUCUGGCCGAGCUUAAAGGCCGUUGGCGUGGAUCUCUAGAUGCAAGUGGCGGAGGCAAUGGUGACACAAUGGCAGAUUUUGAUUUUCAAGGAGAGGAAUGGGAAUGGGGAAGCUACAAAACUCAGCGUGUCCAAGCAGCGGGGGCAUACAGCAACGAUGACGGUUUGCGGCUGGAGAAGAUGUUGAUUCAAAGAGACAAGGCCACAAUCCAUGCAGACGGAACUUUAUUGGGCCCAAAAACCAAUCUGCAUUUCGCCGUCCUAAAUUUCCCUGUUAGUCUUGUCCCCACACUCGUACAGGUUCUAGAAUCUUCCGCCAAUGAAGCUGUCCAUUCAUUGCGCCAACUUUUAGCACCCAUAAAAGGAAUCCUUCACAUGGAAGGUGAUCUAAGAGGAAGUCUUGCAAAACCCGAAUGCGAUGUACAAGUAAGACUCCUCGAUGGUGCCAUUGGUGGCAUUGAUCUUGGGAGGGCUGAAGUUGUCGCCUCUUUGACUUCAACUAGUCGCUUUUUGUUCAAUGCUAAGUUUGAACCCAUUAUACAAAAUGGUCAUGUGCAUAUUCAAGGGAGUGUCCCCGUCAGUUUCGUUCAAAAUGAUGAAGACACUCAUUCUCUUGAAAAGGAUAAAAAUGAAGGGACCUGGUCUUCUUCUGCUUCUGCUUGGGGCGCCAAAGGGAAAAAUGAUGAUAAGAAAGCAUCUUGGAAUGAAGAGGGUUGGGAUACUCAGUUGGCCGAGAGUCUUAAAGGUUUGAAUUGGAACGUGCUGGAUGCUGGUGAAGUUAGGGUUGAUGCUGAUGUCAAAGAUGGUGGCAUGAUGUUGCUAACUGCAUUGUCUCCUUAUGCUAAUUGGCUCAAUGGAAGUGCCGAAGUUAUGCUUCAGGUGAGAGGUACGGUUGAACAACCAAUGGUGGAUGGAUCAGCAUCCUUUCACAGGGCAACGAUAUCUUCACCCAUACUUCGGAAACCACUUACAAACUUUGGGGGCAUAAUUAUCAUGGAUUCUAAUAGGUUAUGCAUCAGAUCUUUGGAAAGCAGAGUAAGCAGAAAAGGGAAGCUCUCGGUGAAAGGCAACCUACCCCUCAGGACAACCGAAGCAUCACUUUCUGAUAAAAUCGACUUGAAAUGUGAAGUCUUAGAAGUACGAGCAAAGAAUAUCUUAAGUGGUCAGGUGGAUACUCAGCUACAGAUAAUGGGGUCUAUAUUGCAACCCAACAUUUCUGGGAACAUCAAAUUGAGCCAUGGAGAAGCUUAUCUACCUCAUGAAAAGGGUGGAGGAGCUGCUAAUGCUAUAAACCGAGAAGCAUCGGAGAAUUCAAGCAUGCCAAAUGGUGGAUACAAUCAAGUGGUUGCUUCAAAAUAUGUCUCACGUUUCUUAAAUUUGAAACCCGCAACUUCAGAUACCCCAUUUCAGUUUCAGCAGCAACCUUCAGGUAAAGAGGGUGAAGCUGGAAAGGGAAUGGGGCAAUUAAAUAAUAAUAAUAAUAAUAGUAAACCAAAGUUUGAUAUUCGGCUGACGGAUUUGAAGCUGGUUCUUGGUCCAGAGUUGAGGAUAGUUUAUCCUUUAAUUCUGAAUUUUGCUGUCAGUGGUGAGCUUGAAUUGAAUGGUGUCGCUCACCCCAACUUACUAAAACCCAAAGGCACCUUAAUGUUCGAGAACGGCGAUGUCAAUCUUGUCGCAACACAGGUGAGGCUUAAGCGGGAGCAUCUGAAUAUAGCGAAAUUUGAAGCUGAUAAUGGAUUGGAUCCGAUGUUGGACUUGGCUUUGGUGGGAUCAGAAUGGCAAUUCAGGAUUCAAAGCCGAGCAACUAAAUGGCAGGACAAUUUGGUUGUGACAUCCACACGAUCAGUGGAACAAGAAGUUCGCUCGCCCUCUGAGGCGGCCAGAGUGUUUGAAAGUCAACUGGCGGAGUCCAUCUUAGAAGGGGACGGUCAACUUGCAUUAAAAAAGCUUGCAACGGCGACACUGGAGACUCUAAUGCCGAGAAUAGAAGGGAAGGGGGAAUUUGGACAUGCCAGAUGGAGGCUUGUGUAUGCACCACAAAUCCCCAGCUUGCUUUCUGUUGAUCCAACUGUUGAUCCCCUAAAAUCAAUAGCCAGCAAUAUCUCCUUUGGUACAGAGGUGGAAGUCCAGUUGGGGAAACGCCUUCAGGCAUCUGUGGUGAGACAGAUGAAGGAUUCAGAGAUGGCAAUGCAAUGGACGUUGAUUUACCAGCUUACAAGCAGAUUGCGUGUCCUUCUACAGUCCGCCCCAUCCAAGCGUAUGCUUUUUGAAUACUCCACUACAUCACAAGACUGAAUCUGCAUUCACUACUGCAGGCCAGGCUGGCAGUCUCCUUAGGUUAGGGAUAGCUCAUUUUUUUUCCCCUUGCUUUCAUUCUUUGCUUUGUUGCGUCCCUCCCUCACCAAUACGUACAUGAUUGAAAAGAGAGAUCUCAAGUGUAAAAAAUGUGUAAAUAUGACACGACAUUAUUGUUAUUAUUGCUAUAUAUGUAGUGCAAAUCAAAUUAUGCCAUCACAA